AUGAAUACAAAAUUAUACAGCUUGUUUGUUUUCAUAUAUUUAAUAGUAGUUUAUUGUGCUACUGUUCAAGGAAAUAAAAAUGGAAAAAAUGACGUACAUGAACCAAAUGGGAUUAACAAGAAAUCAAACAAAAAAGACAAUAAACACGUGCAAAAAACUGAUGGUAUAGAAGAUUAUGAAAAUUUUGAUAAAAAUUGUGAACCUAAUAAAGAAUCUAUGAAUUCAGUUAAAGAAGAAGAUAUAGAAUCCGAGGCUAUUCGUGCAUCGAAAAAAAAAGAAGCUUACAUUGUUGGUAUUUCUUCAUUAGCUACUGUGCUCACUUUAUCCAUGCUCAGAGGAUGUGCUUUGGCGGUUGUUGUAAAUUCUAAUUCUUGUAAGAUCUAA